AUGGCGGUUUUAAGGACUCUAUUAGUAAUUCUAACAUUGACCGCUCGGGCGCUCCCGGCGGCAAUCCCCGUGCGCGCCGACAAUGUGGACCUCACGCUCGAACCACAGAUGACCGGUGGGUUCCUGCUCGUCGUAACAGAAGGAGACGAAAGAACAGUGUACGGUCACAUCGGGCGUACAGUUUACUCUGUAUACACUUCUGAAGAGAUAGAGGGAGGAGUGUUAAUACAAAUCGGUCGGAUCAAUCUCACUGUGCACACUAUUUAUGAUGAUGUGAGAGAGGCGAGAGGUAUUAAGAUUAAAUGGAACACGCAAGAUCCAGUGCGUUUUGAAGAUUGCUUUGAUUUUGGUUCUAAACACUGGUACGCGGGUCCUAUGCAAGUAGACCAAGUAUACCCAAUAGAAAAUGCCCAACAAAACUACACUGCAUUUGUUACCAAAGAACAAGAUAAUGGGGCAAUUGCAGAAAGAUAUUGGCUUAAUUCAGACGGCCAAUACAUAUACGUUCACCCACAAGUCCCGUUAUUUGUGGACUAUCAUUUAAUACAACAAAACCAUAUUUGCUUUGGUGCCCAAAUAGCGGUGCCAUAUUCAUCUAGAAGAAACCACACAGAGCUUUCAUAUGAUAUAUGGUUUUUACCUGACGUAAAGAAAGCUCAUCAACACGCAGUUGCCAAUUACUUGGGCAAACCUUCAGGAUUACCAGACUUUAGAAUGAUACAGCAUCCUAUCUGGUCAACUUGGGCACAAUACUCUAAAAAUAUUACAGGAGAAAAAGUAAUGGAGUUCGCAAACGAAAUAAGAGCGUAUGGUUUCAAUGAUUCGCAGCUAGAAAUAGAUGAUCUUUGGGAAACAUGUUACGGAUCUCUUGAAGUCGAUACGAAUAAGUUUCCUAAUUUAACCCAUUUGGUUGAAGAAGUUAAGGGCUUAGGGUUCCGUGUGACAAUUUGGGUACACCCAUUUCUUAAUAGUAACUGCGAGCCCUGGUAUUCAGAAGCUUUAACUAAGGGAUACCUCGUACUAAACGAAGAAGGUUCCCCUGAAGCUAACUGGUGGAACCCCAACGGGUCCAUUCCGGGUCUGAUUGACUUUACAAAGCCCGCCGCCGCAGAGUGGUGGUAUGAUAGGGUCAAAGAUCUCAUCGAAACGUAUAACAUUGAUAGUAUCAAGUUUGAUGCUGGAGAAAGUAGUUUUUCACCUCAGAUUCCAGUACAAAACGGAGACAUCGACCUCCAUCCCCACAACAUAGUGGACGCGUACGUACGCACUUGUGCAAAAUUCGGGGACAUGAUUGAAGUGCGAGCAGCUUUCAAGACGCAAGACCUCCCGAUCUUCGUACGAAUGGUAGAUAGAGAUUCAAUAUGGGGUCUCAACAACGGCUUACCGACGAUCAUAACCACUACUUUACAAAUGAACCUCAACGGCUACACUCUGGUGUUGCCAGACAUGAUCGGCGGCAACGGCUACAACCUGAACCAUGCACAAUCAGACUUGCCCACUAAAGAGCUAUUUAUACGUUGGGUUCAGGCUAAUACGUUUCUGCCAGCGAUGCAAUAUUCUAUCGCACCAUGGAACUUUGAUAAUGAGACAGUAGCAAUAAGCAAGAAGUACACGGACCUGCACGCGCAACACGCAGACUACAUAUACGAGGCAAUGCGUCUGUCUUCGGAAGAUGGCACACCUGUCAAUGCACCCCUGUGGUGGCUCGACCCGACAGAUGAAGAGGCACUCUCUAUAUGGGAUGAAUACCUCCUUGGCAAUGACAUAUUAGUAGCUCCAGUACUAACUGAAGGGGCGACCUCCCGAGAUAUAUACCUGCCCUCCGGCUUAUGGAUGGAAGAGGGCGACCCUCAGAGGGUCCAUGUCGGCCCUACGUGGUUGAGAGACUUCCCCGCGCCCUUGGACGUACUGCCCUACUUUGUGAAGGAAAGUGGUAAUAGUAUUAAUUCGGGAAAUGUUGCUAGUUAUAAUGCUUUUAUAUUAUUGGGUUUAAUAAGUGUUAUUUUGAUGUUU